AUGAAAAGAAAAAGAAAUAAUAAAACCCCCUUCCCCCCGGGCCACGGCCCAUGUGCCCCAUCCAGCGAGCCGAGCCUGGCCUCCCCGCCGUCGGCCCAACCAGUGCCCCCCACUCUGUCACCCCAUUUCCCCCUCCACCCAUGUCACUCCAUCCUCCCCCUCCUCUUGAUCUGGAUCGGGGAGCCGCCCCGACCCCGACACCUCACCGGCGCCGGCCGGUGCCGCCCCGACGACGCUCCCUCACCGGUCCUCCCCAGCCCCCACCCCCGCGACGGCGCUCUCUCCUGCACCCUCCCCUCCUUCAACCCAAGCCCCACGCUGCUCCGGCGUUGCUCCCUCGCCGUCCUGACCCUGCCCCACCGCUCGCCGUCCCCGACGCCCUACCACACCGGUGCUACCUCGCCGCCCCCCUAUGAUGGAGCCCAGGAGAUGGCAUAUCCCGCCGACAACGACUGCUCCCCCGACGGUGUCUGCUACUACGGGGAGGCCGCUGAUGACCAGGAGUAGCUUAGGAGGUUCCCAGGCAGGAGGCCACGCCUCGUUCGAUCGUUAUCUCUUU